GCGCCCCUUGCCCGAGGUGACGUCACGCUGUCUGCGUCCUCCUCCGUGUUGGCUUUGUGAGAACCGACGCGAGGCUGAUUGGGCGGAUGAACCAGACUAGGCUGAUAUGAGCUGGUGCAUUUGAGGAACAGGAAGCCAUGCAGAGUCCGACCCAGGCGCACAGCGGGUCAAACACGGACCCACCGCCGCACGCCGAGCGGGGUCUGCCGGCGCAGGGUGACCCGGAUCUGGGAAGACAGAGGAGCAAAGCAGCUGCCACCUCCGCCACAGUAGUCACACCAGAAGAAAGCGAGAGCAGCGUGCUCACGGCAGAAACACCUUCGAGUAUGGCAGUCAGAUCACCAGUGGAGAACAAGACGGCGGACAUCACUGCAAAAACGACUGCUGGUCCAAACAAGAAGUCUGAGAUCGGGGGGCUGAAGACGAACAAGCAGGAGAAAGGUGUAACUGAUGGCAGGAAAUAUGUUCCUUCCAAGAAGGCCAUGAUCGACCCUCUGAAGAUUGACAUGUCCAGCCCAAAGGACAUACCAUCAUCUCAUCUCUCCCUGCAGUGCUCCGAGUGCCAUAUCAUCUUCAGAGAUGACAAGAGCAAAGAACGUCACCUGAAGCUGAACCACCCUGUAGAAUACGAACAGUGCAUACUGAGGAACUCGCUUUUUGCCUGUUAUGUUUGCGACCGCCAAUUCACAAACUCCUCAGAGCUAUUGGUCCACCAGAAAGGCCACACAGAAAAGAAGCCGUUUAAAUGUCCGUUAUGUGAUCAGGCCUUUAGAAAGUCAUCAGAGCUCACUGGGCAUAAAAAAGUUCACUUUGGCCAGGACGGUUAUGCCUGCACCGAAUGUGGCAAAGCCUGUAAAUCACUGACACUGCUGAGGUAUCACCAGCGCACACACACUGGAGAGAGGCCAUAUGUUUGCAAGGAGUGUGGAAAGAGGUUCACCAUGUCCAAAGCUCUGCAGAAGCACGUGAUCUCACACUCGACGGAAGAAGCUAAGGGAGAUGGAGGAGGCGCCACAGCUAAAACGCCCCGGAGGAAAAGCGAUGGUGCUUCUACAAUAAAGUAUCCUUGUUCUGAGUGCAAGAACACUUUCAAGAGUCUCAAGAACCGGACAAAUCACUUGAAACUGAAGCACAAUAUAUUGCUUGCUCCACCCAGUUAUGCCCAUAAAGAUAAGCAGCAAGUGGAACAAAGGACACCGAUUAUAACCCCUAUAUCCAUUUGUCAAUCGGCACUACUGCAGGUGGAGCCAAAUGGACCUCUGCAAAAAGUUGAUGCCAAUAUUGACACAGAACAGAUUCGGAGACUUAUUGAAUCUAUGGGAAAUGUGCAGAAAGUGAACCAAGUUGUUAUUUUGGGGCAGGUGCCACCUGAUGCCCCACCACUGGAAGUGCAGCAGAUAUCACAACUGGCAGGGGCAGCAAAUUUGAGCCUGGAUCCUCCGCAAAUAGAUUUUAUAGGACCAAAACAGACAGACUCUAAGAUAGCUGAAUUUGGGGUCUCGAACAACCCUUGCGACUCAAUGGAACAAACUAUUAUACUGGAACCUAUUACUCCUGAAGGUCAGCUGGAAAACCCUCCUUUCUCAGAACUAGGUUCCCAUAUAACAGCAGGUGAAAGUAUAGAGCUAACACCUCAGGCUGAACAUACAGAGAGACCUGAAGUAGAACUGAGGCAUCAGGAACUUCAACAAUCCAGUAUUAAUGUAAUGCCUUCUGAUCCUAUGAAUGGAAUGGUUUGUCCAAGCGAGGUAGAUCAUCUCAAAGAAAACCUUGAGCAAACAGUCAUAUUAGAACUUACUCCUGCUUUGAUACCAACCAUGGAGCUGGAACAAUCCCAGACGGUGCCACAAAAUGAAAUCCCUUCCUCCUCGGUGCUAAACAAUGAAGUGGAGACUCCUGAUCAGACUCUAAUAGAUGAGCAACAGACCAAUGUGCCAGUCCCACCACUUAUGUCUACAGUUGAAUUAGAAUUGACGUCUUUACAGCCAGAACAACCUUUUUCCUCUUGCUCUUUUGUUUCACCAAACACAUUUACGCAAACUCCCAGUGAACUUCAAUGUAAUCCAAAAGAAGAGGUUGAUCCCCAGGUUCAAACUGUAGGUCUGGAUCAGGUCCACCCUGUGAUGGAUGGGGAUGCACUACAAGAGUCACAGGAAAAGACAGAACGAGAAGCAGCUAAGAAAUUGCUGGUAGAAAGUAAAAAUAACCCGUCUGAAGUAGAGGCUCUGUCAUCUUCAGAAGAGGCUCCAUCUCAAUUACAUACUGAACGGGUGCCACAGAUCUCAGAGUUACCUGUAAAUUUAAUGUCUGCUCAAGAGCUGGUGAAGGUGCGCAAAAGAAAGCCUGCCAGGACGUUUAUCUUUCAAGAAUACAUGCAAGACCUGAUUGGAUCCACGUACAAAGAUGAUUUGGAAAUUGAUGCCAAACCCACAAAACGCCAAAGGACAAAAAAGUCUCACCUUGUUGUUAAAUUUGGUCCACAAGUCAAAGAGAAGACAAACAAGAAACAGAAAAAGCCCUCGCAGCAGCAUCUACCGAUAGAAUACACAAAAAGAGGUGAAAUGCCAACAACAGAUCCAUCAGAAAAUAAGGGACCCUCUCUUAAGAAGGGAAGACAUGGAAAAAAGGACAAGACCGUGGGAAAUUUGUUAUCUACAGCUGAGAGUAAAUCAACUCGGAGCCCACAACAAAUCAAAGAGGAUAAAAGAAAAAGUCCAAUGAAAAAACAAAAGGAUGUGGCCAAGGGGAAUGUAGCCCACAUAAGUGAGCGCAGCACUGUAGCUUCAUCGAAGUUUAAAAAGAAAAAACAAGCAAAAAUAAUGCGAAAGGGUCAGCCAAAGAAUGGAAAGACAAAGAAAAAUGUGGCACAACAAGAAAAAGUCAAGAAGGCGGACGUACCUGGCCCAUGUAUAACGCAAGACUCACUGCUUCUACUGAAAGGUCACAAACAGCCCCAGCUGAAAGUUUACAAGUUAGACCCUUCCAAAGCACCAGGCCAAGCACUGGAGACCUCACCUCAGAGCAAUGAAAGCAAGUUCAAACAUCUAGCAAGUCAGUCUACAGAUAAUCUCACGGCAAAGAGUAAGAAAAAAGGGGGGCGGCCCAAGAACCAGAAGGCUCUCUCACUGUUAUCCUCGAUACAGGUGCCUCCUGAACCACCUGAGAAUCAGCCCGUCCAGCCAAAGGCCACAAGGAAACGCAAAGCCUCCCCGAAAGUGGAGACUGAAGGAGUGAUAACCUCUUCUCAUUCCAAGCGUGCCUUAGAGUGUAAGGACUGCGGGGAGAGAUUUAACGAAGUCUCAUCCCUUCAGAAGCACAAGACAACGGUACAUAUUGUAGAGAGUCCCUGUCUCACAUAUACGAAUGGUAACAUCUUUGAAGGCGUCUCUAGAAUGGACCUUUUCCGUCUUCCAAAAGGCUGUGAAAAGGUUGUUGGGGUGAUGGCGGCUGCUACAGACUGGGAUACUGAGCCUGAGUUAGUUGAAAUGGCAUUAGAAGACAGGGAGCGAAGUGUCUCAUUUCCAGCUUUAGUUCCAUCACCAUCGCUGCCAGUUCCUCCUCCGGGCGUCGAUGUCAAUGCUUAUGAAGUUAAGGGCGCAAGUAAAACGGCAGCAGAUAAUCGGUCUCAAACAUCCUCAGAAGUUCAGCCAUUAUCUAAUAAAGUGAAAAGUGGUGGAACUCCAAGUUUUGCAUCUGAAUCCACUUUAGGUGUCUCUACUCAGACAAAGACUCCUGAGACAGGAGAGCCAUUGUCAUCAGAUGAGGACAAGCGAGAAGAAGCUACCCUAAAGAACUCUGACUCUGAAAUUCAGGGCGACGAGGACAUUAAGGAGGAUUUACUUCUCGAGGUAGAUUUAGUCACUGUCGGGGAGCAGAAUGAGAGAGAUGAUCCACCUUCUCAUGAAGACCCAGUUCCCCAAAGUAAAUCGAAUGGAGGCGCUGGCGCACAAGUUAUCAACGAGACUUCUGAAAAACGUAUAACGUCGCAAACUGUGUCUUGUUCAACUCAGCAAGUGGAGGUCAAAGAAGAGGAUGAAGAAAUUUCACUGCAAAAGAAAAAAGAAGGAGGGAAGGGAACGGUUACAAGGAAUGCAACACGGGGCAGGAGGAGAGGAAUGGGACGUCUAAAAAGAUACGCGGCAUCGAGGAGAGUUUCUGUUGUGGAUAUUUUCAGAGAAACCGAAUCAGAGAAAGAAGAGGAUGAGUGUCAGGUAGUUUACGAAAAAGGUGCUGUCACCUCAGAUUCGGAAAUGACUGAUCAUGGGUGUAGUACAAAGACGCCAGAGCCCAAUCUGAAAUUUAAGGCAGACAAAUCCACUGCUCCUGUUGCAGCUCUGCCUUCCAUUCCCUCUACAUUAGAGGAAUCUCCUGAAGAGCAAGUUGUUUUGGAGCAGGAAUCCGUUACCAGUAGUGCUAACAAAGCAAUGAGUGAACGAGAGCCACUGGGAGGAGAGGAGCAAGACAGAGAGACUGACCAGUCUCCAACCAUCAUAUUGGAGAAGGUCCUGACCUCGAGACAGAUGUCAGCGGGUGACAAGGAGUCGUGUCUGAUGACCGUGAGGAACAAUCCAAGACAGGCUUCGAACCGCAUUCCUGAGAAUGAAGUUCAAGUUCUUGGGAGCCAGGAGAUCAAAGUUGAGGAGAGUGGCUUAGAUCAACCACUGGUUCCAACCUCCUGUCAAAACAGACAGAAUUCGGGUGUGCAGCCACAGCAUCAUCGGGAAAUAAGGACUGUUUUGGUGAAGGAGGAAACCAGCCUCCUGCAGAGUGACGCUCUGGCCUCACAGGGCAGCAAACACAUCCGAUGGAACGUGGAGCCAGUUGACCAUGAAAACACCGCCAACCCAUUAGUGCAGAGUGAGGAUGCAACAAACGAGUGUCGCGUUUCCCCGGAGUUCAACACCAACCAGUGCAUCUUUUACCCAGUGAAGGAGGAGGAGAGGGAGGUCCUGCUGGGAGCCGCUCAGGACAGAGAGAUGCUGACCCCAGAGGAGUGUGGUGCUGCACAUCAGACAGAACAUCCAACUGCAGAUGUUGACAUACCAGAUGUAGGUCGCCACUCUUCUCCAAACUACCAGGAACCAAGAGUCAGAAGUCUCAUGUCACAACCAGGAGUCAGUGACUUUGCAGAAGGACAAGACUUUGAGUGCCGGCAUCCAGCAGCCCUGCGGCACUUCCUGCUCCAGAAUUCUGACGAAGAAGACAAUGGUAGUGAUGAGCUGUCUGAUCCGCAGCUUGACUCGGAAGCAGAAAUCAUGGCCUAUUUCUACAAGGACAGCGCACAACAGCCAGAUCCAGCAUCGCAAACUUCGCCAGCUUCAACGAGCCACCUCCAAGCACUGGGAGAUGAAAACAGGACCAGAGAGCCCAUUGAUUACUUCACCAAAUAUUUUGGUUGGGAUACCUGGGUAGAAAUCGCCAGCUACUCCAAUAAAGUGUCCAACAAGCCUAAUCCUGUCACGUCCAGAGAGGUUGCAUGCUUUGUUGGGAUCCACAUUGCAAUGGGAACCUUGAGGUUUCCCUGUCCGAAACUCUACUGGGAGGACUUGACUAAGGUGCCCUUGAUUGCCGGAGCCAUGCCACAGUCGCGUUUCCUUGAGCUGUCUCGCAUGUUGAAGCUGACCUCUCAGUCCAAGGAUCCGGGCAGCAGUAACGUCCAGGAGGGAACGUGUGACAGCCCAAGCAGGCACAGUGUAAUUUCCCAGCAAAGUGACAGCCAGUACCACGGAGACAAGACGGAUGACUCAAACGGUUCACAGACGCAAACUGAUCCCCUGUGGAAGGUUCAGUCGUUGUUGUCCCGUUUCAGGGCAGGGUGUCAGUCCCUGAAACAGGAGGGUGAUUACGCAGUUGACCAGUACCCUCUUCCUCUGACUGGGAAGAUGCACAGGAGCAAGCAGUCUCUCAACUGUACUGCGUUAAUUGGAUUUGGUGGUUCACUUUUACAUGUGGAUCUUAAACUGGAUCUCUCAGACAAAGAAGAUGCUGUGGAAAAAAUGGUCCCCAAAGGUAGCAUGGUGUUUCUCUGCAAACAGGAACUCUCCACGCCCGCGAUGCUGGAGCGACUGUUAGUCGCUGGGGUUCAUGGGGCGGGCAGGGUGGUCGGAGCGCGGGGACAGAUUGGGGACGAGUUCGUGAGCUCGGACGGGAAGUUGAUGUUGCGCAGAUCCCAGUGUGGCUUCAUACUUUCCACAGCCGGACACGGCCAUAGGAACAUGGCUUCUCUCACCGACAACUUCGAGAAGGCUCAGAUGUCGGCUCGUCUCAACAGAGAUCUGCGAAAUCUUUACUCGAUUCCCCUCACCGCCUCGGCGCCAACCUGCUGGCCCCAGGCGGUGCUCUGGUACCUGACAGAUCUGGCUUUGGUGAACUGCUGGCUCCAGUACCGACAGGAUCACAGGGGAGUGUCCGCACCUUUGACUCUCAUGGCCUUCAGACUGGAGGUGUCUAAGGCUUUGAUUCUCUCCAGCGGCUCCGAUACCCAGGACUCGGUUCCACCUCAUCCCCCUGCUGAGAAUCCUCAUGCGACUAAUGAAACUCCCAAUCCCGUCCUGGUGGAGGAAAGUCCUCUGCCAGAUGCGGCGGUGCGAUACGAUGGCUUGGGCCACUGGCCAGAGCAACUUGAACAGGGUGAAGGGGGCAGGUGUCGCUUCGGGGACUGUCAGAGAACAUCACGAGUGCUAUGCCUUAAGUGUUGUGUCUUUCUCUGUAUCUCGCGCAACCACAACUGCUUUUUGAAUUUUCAUAAUCAGAGACAUUCAGAGGAAGAAUAGUUUACAUAGAAUUUUUCAACAUGUUGCUUUCUGAUAUACUGUAGAAUGAAACUGUGUGUUUUCGGUGUAAGUGUAUCCAGCUCCUCCAACCGUACAACUUCAUCGGCAGCGUCUUUCUUCUGAUUAACAAAACAAAACAAAAAAAUGUAUUCUGUCAUUUAACAAUUUCUCAAAUGAAUUUGCCUUCAAAAGAAAAUGUGUAAAGACUCAGCAAAUACACUGUGCUGUAAAAGAUGUGUAAUUUACCGUUUUAAGAUUGUGGGAAACAUGAUCCUUUUUUUUGAUUAUUUAUUUCAUCCUGAGGUAGUUUACAUUUCAUGAUGAGCUUAUUUUUUUGUUCUAUGAAUUUUAACAUUUCAGAAAACAAUAAAAGAUAGAUGAGAAACAUCA